AUGUUCCCAGUUUUGUCUAAAGUUAUAUCUGCUUCUUGGGGAAUGAAACUUUUAAAAAUACAGUAUUCUGAAAAAGAAGAACGGAAGAGAAAGAAAACACCUCAUAAACUGUCCCAGUUCUUUAAAGAAAAAAAGCAAACUUUUUUGCCUGUUUCCCAGCCAAAAGAGUCUGAACAGUCUACUAACAGAGCUCCAGAUGGAUUCUCAAAGACCAUCUUCUCAAAAUUACUCCGAGCAGCUCAACGUUAUUUGGGAGAUCCUACCCCAGCCACUGAAUCCCGACAAAAAAAGAUGACAACUCCACACAGAGGUUUUCUUGUCCGAAACUACUCAAGACGACGUUCUUCUACAUCUUCUAGUAAAGGGCAGAUGUGGGUGAGAAAAAAUCGGCAGAACAGCUUUAAGGAGAGUAAAUGCAAAGCUAGCACCCAAGGUCUAGCAGCCACAGAGUCAGAAACAUCUGCUGUAGUCUCAGUUGGAAACACGGUAGAAGAAUGUAACAAAGGUUCAGACGUGGAGAAGAGAAUGACAAGGGGUUCCAAAAGGCUAAAUGUCAAGAGAUGUCCAAGCCAGAGUGGCCUUACCAAAUUACAAAAGUCCUAUAGGAACAAGGAGCUAUUAUCACCAUUGAAAGCUUAUCAAACCAAUCAGGCCAGUUUAAAAGUAGUAGCAGAUGCAAGUGAGUCAAACUUGAAAAGUGCAAAAAACUGAGCCAGAAGCUGUCACUAGAUAUUGGCCUCCUAACAAGAGAAUGAGUGCCUCGAAGAGUCCUGCAGAAUCACAGCUAAUAGCUGCAAGAGUCAAGUAACAAAGUUUACAUUUAAAUUGGCCACAGAUAUGGAAACUCGAAGAACAAUCUCUUUUUUGUUGUUAAAUGUGCACUGUAACCAUAUAGGAUCCCCUGAGGCUGCUGCCUUGAGUGACUAUAAGAUGUACAGUACUGGGAAACUCUCCUCCUGAACUGAAAAUUAGCAGAGACAAGAAAGAUCGAGAGUGAAUGAGUGAUGGCAGCUUGAUUGCCAUGUUCUGUAUUAUGCUGCCUUUAGCAACCUCUUUCGUGAUAACAUUAUUGCUCAAGACAUGCACUGUAUUGUGAGCACUGUGAGCAAGGGGUUGUCAGUCUGCUAAGCGCUCAUUCAUUCCCCGCACAAAGGAUGCUUUCUUAAUGCACCUAUUGCCUCUUCUUUCGUCAAAGAGAAAACCCUUAUUUCAGGAUGUCGUCAUGCAUUUAGAGAAGAUGAUUUAUUUUAAUUAGUAUUUUACUACAAUGUUAUUAAAGCAAAGGUGAAGUUAUUUAUUGUUAAUAUUUCAUUAAUAGUACAGUAAAUAGUUACUUGUGUAAUUGAGUAGUUGGACUUGUUCACAUGGUUUGUCUUGGAAAUAUUCAAAAUACUAUGCCCCAUUUUUUUUUUUUUUUACUUUCU